AGGAUCCUUCACAAAAGUAGCAUUUUAUUACAAAAAGGAGAACCUUUUUACGCCCCCCAGGCCUGACAAGUAAUGAUGUGGCAUCAUUGUAGUGGGCAACUGACACCACCUUACGUGGCGUUACCGUUACUGAAUAUUUGAUGAGUGUUGUCCUUAUUAAACAAACUUUCCUCGAUUUCUCCGUCCAAUUUACUUCUGUUUUCAUAAAACGUUUCUCAAACACAACGAAAGCCAGAACAUACCGUAUAGCCUGGAGUCGGAGAUCUUCCUCGAAUCGCAUUGCAGGAGAUGGAGAUGAGCACGGGGGAGCUUCUCAGCGUCGAUCCUCGCGAGCUUCAAUUCCCCUUUGAACUUAAGAAGCAGAUCUCUUGUUCUUUUCAAUUAGCAAACAAGAGUGAGGACUAUGUAGCCUUUAAGGUGAAGACGACAAAUCCGAAGAAGUAUUCUGUUCGUCCUAAUACGGGGAUUGUUUUGCCUCGUUCCACAUGCGAUGUUAUAGUUACCAUGCAAGCGCAGAAGGAGGCUCCUCCUGAAAUGCAAUGCAAGGAUAAAUUUCUCCUUCAAAGCAUAGUUGCAAAUCCAGGUGCAACCCUGAAGGAUAUUACCCCAGAAAUGUUCAAUAAGGAGGCAGGACAAGCUGUUCAUGAGUGCAAAUUGAGAGUGGUUUAUGUUUCUCCACCACAACCACCUUCACCAGUUGCAGAGGGUUCAGAAGAAGGUUCUUCACCGAAGGCAUUCCCGUUGGAGAACGGAAAUUUGAGUGCUUCUGAGGUCGCAAGAGCAUCUGAUGAACCACAUGACAAAUCUGCAGAGGCAAAAGCUCUUGUUUCUAAGUUGACUCAAGAAAAAAGUAUGGCACUUCAGCAAAAUAAUAAACUUCGUCAAGAACUGGAACUCUUGAAGGGCGAAAGCAGCAGAAAUCGUGGCAACCUUCCCUUCACUUUCAUAAUCAUUGUUGGAUUGCUCGGCGUCAUUUUUGGGUAUCUCAUGAAGUAGACACAAUUUAGUUCAAAAAAAUUGUCCACAUAGUAUUCAUUCAUCAAGUGUUCAUCUUAUGCCCUCAUCUUAUUCCUUAUUAUUUCUUCAACUCUCCAUAAAGAUAAUAUAUAGAGAGAGAAAUUCAUGGAGGAAAGACACAGUUGAAUCUAGGUUGACUUUUUUGUAUCAGAACGACUUACUUGGGUAGAUUCAUAUUGGUUUGUUAGCUGUUCAGAAUUGGGAAUUCUGGUUUGAUGAUAGUGAUACAUAGCAUUGGCAUCUUUUCUUUUUCUUUUUUUUUCUCUCUGUAUUUUUAAUUUCAGAUAACAAUAUCCAUAACGACUAUGAAGAGGCUUUCUAUGCAAGGAGAGUUUGUAAGAAU